AUGUCCCAAGUGCGCCUGGGGCCUGUCUUCACGCCCGCCAUCACGUCCCAAAGUGCCCGCAGAGGCGCCAAAGUGCCCGCGACAGGAGGCAGCCGUGCAGUGCACGCUUCCCCCGCGCCCAAGAUGCAGGCGCCGCGCAGAGAAAGCAGUGCCGGCAUCGCCCCCCAGCGCCCUGGCCUGAAGACGCGCGCAUAUUCGGCUCCCAAUGUGCCCCGGACGGAUGAAGCAGCCGCAUCGACGCAGCUCAGUAGUACCGACGAGGGCUGCGAGGGCGAAGAGAUCACCGACGACGCCUUCUUCCAGCGCUACCACUUCCCCCACCAGGUCCCAUACCCAGAGGAAGAGGACCAAGGUGACAGCAGCGCCGCGUCGUCGUCCGACACUGAAGGCCCUCUGUCUCCCACGCACGCCAAGGACCGCCAGCCUGCCGGCGACGCGGCAUCGGAGCCCUCGACGGGUGUAAGUGCUGUCUCUGCGCCUCAGCGCUCGUAUGGCGAAACGCUGACGCAUGUCUCCCUCCAGUCUGCCAACAGCGACUCGGGCGCGCCGGCUAUGCAAGAACUGAACAUGGCCGUCAUCGGCGCGCGGGGCUCUGGAAGAUCCACCUUCAUACGAAGAGCCCUCGGCCUGCCCGACGCGGCCACGACGAGCAACUGCUCGCGCACCAUUGCCAUUGAUGGCUCGCCCUACCUUGUGCGCUUCCUCGAAAUGAUGGCCGACGACGUGCACCUGACCGAGCGCUGCAUCAUCAAGUGGCCAGAAACGGUGCACGACAGUGUCACUCCACGCAUAGAUGCCGCCGUCAUACUGUAUGAUGUCACAAAUUCAGACAGUCUGGGCAAGGUCCCGGAUAUGCUCAGCAUACUUAACAAGGCCCAGUUGCCCAUUGUAUUGGUCGCCUGCAAAUGCGAUCAACACCCCGCACAUCGCCAUGUCGACACAGCCGUGAUUGAGCAAAGAGCCAAAACCUUCAUUGACGGCUUGUGCGCGUUUCAGACAUCGGAAUCUGCUCCGGAGACGCACCGAGCAUGCCUGUCAGUUAUCGCUCGAGCAGCCAUAGCGGCUAAGCGACCCCGUUCCCAAGCCUCGUCCAUGGCACGACGGCGUGCCAAUUCUUCUGCAGUCAAAUCAAUCACCCAAAAGGACCUUUGGGCUCGCAAACACGAGCGUGCUAGCUCAGAAAUCUCCAUGAGGUUUCAACGCCAGUCCAGCGAAGUUAAGAGUGACCGUUAUAAGCCCAGCGAUACCAACAAAACUUUCUUCAAUGCCGAGGAAUCUCCCGGCUAUGACUCGCAGGACUCCGAUGACCAGGAUUCCGACGCCGGCCAAAGCAUCAUGUCCGUGAAGCCUUCCGAUGAGAACGGAUAUACUUUUGAACAGCUGGUCGACCGCCUACUCGCCCAGCCAAUGUCCAAGAAUGACUCCAAAUUCGUCUCUGUUUUCCUGGCCUUGUACCGGAGGUUCGCAACUCCAGGUCAGUUGCUGGAAGCCAUCAUUAAGCGUUUUGAGGCCAUCAACAAGGAGAAAGACUUACCAAUGAUUCGCAUCAUCUCACAGCUUCGCUACCUGGCCAUACUGCAGCAAUGGGUUGCAUACUAUCCCGGUGACUUUGCCUAUCCGACCACACGCCGACUCAUCCGCAGAUUUGCAACCUCUCUGGCCUCGAACCGCGAAUUUUCAGUAGCUGCGACUGAGAUUAUCAGAGAUCUUGAAAUGGUGGUUGAAGACGAUGAUACCGAUUGGGCAUGCAGCGAUCGCCAACGCGCACAAAAUGAGAAUAUACCCACCUUCCACAACAACGUACUGGAUGAAGAUUCGGACGAGGAUGAAUUUUCAAGAGCGUUAGGCCACAUGACCGGCCCCUCUGCAAGAAAUUCAGUUGCACGGAGCAGCGUGACAGGCGGCACACCAUCCUUGGACGGAUCUAUGGGCUCAUCGCAGAUCCUACUAACCCAAGUGGAGAAGAAUGAACGACUCGCCCGACAGUUGGAGCCCAACCCUAUCAAACCCUUGUCCAAGAUCCAAUGGCACCAACUGAUGGGUGAAUCGGAAGAGGCCAUUGCAAGAGAAAUGACUCGGAUAGACUGGAUCAUGUUUUCUUCAGUGCGACCACGUGAUCUUGUCCGGCACGUCAGCCUGAAUGCCGAAGAGAAGAAGAGAUGCAAGAACCUGGAGAAUGUGACACGGAUGACCGACCAUUUCAACCAUGUCGCUUUUCUGGUAUCGAAUUACAUUCUUCUACGCGACAAACCAAAGCAUAGGGCGCUUAUGAUGGAGAAGUGGAUGAAGAUUGCGCGACAGCUCCGAAAGCUGAACGACUACAACAUGUUGGGUGCUGUUCUGGCAGGUAUCAAAGGCACAGCGGUUUCUCGUUUGAUCGCAACAAGGGACCUAGUUCCCCAACCUACAACUCAGGACUUUUGGAAGCUCGACAUCCUGAUGAACCACUCAAAGUCACACGGCGCAUAUCGACUGGCAUGGGAAAACAGUUCAGGAGAGCGCAUACCGUAUAUUCCCUUGCACCGCCGCGACCUAGUAUCAGCCUCGGAAGGGAAUUCGACCUUCGUCAAUGACAAGAAGAAGACUGAUUCGGCAUUCUCACCCCACCCAGGAGUCAGUGUCUUCGAAGGCAUUGCAGGAAAGCGAGAUAGCAAGGAAGCACCGCCUGGCGGGGUAACUGGAAAAGAGAGAAUAAACUGGCGCAAGUUUGAGAUCAUGGGCGAAGUCAUUGUUGGAGUACAACGUGCACAGGGUACGCCAUAUCCCAACUGGCAAAAGUGCGAAGAGAUCCGAAAUCUCAUCCUGGACGUGAAAAUCACCAAAGACGAAGAUGAUCUCUUUGAGCGCAGUGCUCAUCUUGAAGCGCAGAAUGCCAAUGAGCGUGGCCGGCUUGUGCGAUGGUUCCGAGAGCGUUAG